AUGGAGGGAGCCCAGCUCUCCUCCUUUGGGGGCGGAGAAGGCGGAUGGGGAGACAGCGGAGGGGGGGGAGGGAGAGACCGGUGGUUCGAUUCGACUCCUCUCCUCCGCCACCACCGUCUUCUCCGACAGCCGCCCGCCGGCGCAUCGAGGGGAGGAGGCGGAGGAGACGGAGGGGGUAGGAGCAUCCCCUUCCUCAUCGAGCGCGCCAGCCGCCGGCUCAUGAGGUCGCCGUCCAUGGCCAUGAGGGAGGCGUCGGCUCUGCGGCUUGAGGAGCGCCAGAGAGAAUGGGGGUACUCGCGGCCCCUUGUCGCGUUGGACCUCAUCUGGAGCAUCGCCUUCGUCCUCGUGUCGUGUUCCGUGCUCCUUGCUACGGUGCGCGAGCGGCCCCCCACGCCCAUCAGGAUCUGGAUUCUCGGGUACGCCCUGCAUUGUCUGGUGCAUGUGUGCUUCGUCUGUUUCGAGUAUCGGAGGAGUCACAGGACGAGGAGAGCGAGCGAUCGUUGGGCAGAGGUUGAGGCUGGAGAGGAGGAAGAGGGAUCGGAGGAGAGCCGACCAAGCAGGUAAGUCCACGCCCAAAAUUUGAUGAUUACUGACCAAACGGGAGUUGACUCUCUUUUUUUUGUCUUAUUCACUGCUUGUUUUAUUUAUUGUAUGCUGCUCCUAUAGAUCUCUCUCUCUCUCUCUCUCUCUCUCUCUCUCUCUCUCUCUCUCUCUCGCUCGCUGGCAUACUUACAUACGCGUAUAUAUUUAUAUCUCUGCCUUCCGGCCAGCUGCCUUACCAAGUGUUCUUCUAUGAGGAAAGAUUGGUGACGGUACUGGGCUUCGUUCUUCCCCUUUUCUCACUCCUCUUUCAGGAACUAUCCUUCUCCUUUUAAUGAAGAUGUGGACAAGAACUGGAAUCCAUGUGCAUUGCGGGGAUUAAUUUCUAUUAGUAUCGGACUGUUCAUGUUAUCUACUGCUCUCUUCUACUCUAAUUCUCAGAUUUUUGUCCUCUAUUCAGGUGUUGUUAAAGCUGAUUUAUCUUAAUUUAUUUCAUAAAAAUAAUUUAUGGAGAUUCAAACUUCACCCAACACGAAAAUUGCAGAUCAGAGGUUUGGGAUAGUCGUCUCCUGAUUUAUGAGCAUCACCCAUAUCAAGAUUUGAGAAAAUAUUAGACACUGAAAUGAAAAAAAUGUGGCUUCGUCUCUUUGACUUCAUCCUCAACAAGAUAGUCAGUAUCUUCCUCCCUGGGGUUCACCUUCCUCCUCACUUCUGAUCCUUCAUUUUUCUGUGGAAUGUGCUGUCCAAUGGCAUCUAAUGCUGCAAAACUCUUUCUCUCCAUUACUCCCGGCCGCAUCCUACCUGCAAUCUCCAUUGACUUUGAAGGAAACUUGUCUAACUUCACUCAAGACUCCAGAUAAUCCAUGGUAAUUCGACAAGAUGGAAACCAAAUUUGAUGUGCUUAUUGCCCUCUAACUUAUGGGACUCAGCGGGGGAGAUGUUGCAAGGAACGAGCGCGGAGGAUUUCCCUCCAUGUGAGGAAGAAGGGUGAUCCGCUGGUUCUCCUGGGUGCAGCAGAAACAGUUCUUAAGGGUCUUUCAGAGAAGCUUGCCUUUCCUUGAUAUAACUUGAGAAAUUGGAUAUUCUGCCGGGGGAGGUUGGAAGAUAGAGAGCUCGAUUGGGCUAUUAUGAUAUCGGUUUUGAGGUCAGAAAACCCAUAAUACCAGAAGAAAAUAAUCCGAGCCUGAUUUUGUUAUCAGGCAAGUCUUUUACUCGAAACUAGUGAUAUUUCUCUUCCACUUGUAGCCGUUUUCCCUAUUCAGUUCUUUCUUGGGUUCUAUCAACUCUCUUCUUGCUUUGACCACACUUUUCAUGUUUUCCUGAAUUUAUUUAUAAGAUUAAACUUGUAUGGACCCGUCAACUAUGGUUGUGGGUGUCUAAACAACAUUGUACCCUGUAAGCAUUGCAAGGUAAGCUGUAAAUUUUCCGAGGGCAUUUGACUAGCUUCCGGCCAAAUCUAUGCGACUUUAUACCGAGGACUGAACCAAAGGGAAUGAUUCGGUUUUAGCUGGUAGUAAGAAUCUGGUCACAAAUAACGGAAAUUUACCUAAUCAGUUUCUUAUGCAGGGUAAUGAAGAAGUUGGAGUCUACUAAUGCGGUGAUUUCGUUCUUCUGGUGGAUGCUUGGGCUCUACUGGAUCGUCGUUGGCGGUCAGACAUUAUUGCAAGAUGCUCCUCGGCUAUAUUGGUAAAGAAAUUUCGCUUGUACCCUUCAUUUUGUUUCCAAGUAUACAGUGAAACUCUUGAGGACAACUCUCUAUAUCAGUUAUAAUCCAAACAGCAUUCAAAAAAUAAGAACAUCGACUGAACCUAUCAUUUCUGUAUAUAUAUAUAUGUGUGUGCAUUUAUGCAUACAUAGAUGUAUACAUGGCAAAUAAAUCAUUGACACAAAAAAAAAGGAAGCAAACAUUCAGAAUUAAACGAUGAAAUCAGCAGCGAGAUAGCACUGUGUCCUAGCAUUCUCCAAAAACAUUUUAAUACGCUCGAUCGCCUUAUUUGAGCCAUUAUUCUAACCUGUCACCGAAAUUCUGUUGCAUGUCAAUGAACCACAGGCUGACAGUGGUAUUUCUCGCAUUCGAUGUAUUUUUUGCCAUAUUCUGCAUCGUCCUGGCGUGCAUCAUCGGAGUCGCCCUCUGCUGCUGCUUGCCAUGCAUCAUUGCCAUCCUGUACACUGUGACGGGUCAGGAAGGUGCAUCGGAUGCCCACCUAGACUCUCUUCCCAGGUUUAGGUUCCGCAUGGCGAACCAACCAGAGGCAAUGGAGGCAGGAGACCAUGAAGUUCCUACAAAUGUCACGGAUACCCGCAACACCAUGAGUGAUCUCUCUCAUUCGCCAGAGGAUUCUGUAAGCCAUGCUCACUCCAAAUGAUUCACUUAUAUUAGUACUGGUCUCGCUUCCCUGCAAAUCUGGUCCUCUUGGUUUCACAAAGUGGGCAAAGAAUGGCAGCAAUGAGUAGAGAGAAGGCUAAUGAGGUCGAGAUGUUGUCGCUGUUGUUGCAGGACUGCUGCAUCUGCCUCUGUCGAUAUGAAGAUGGGGCAGAGCUCUGCUCUCUGCCUUGCAACCACUACUUCCAUUCAGGGUGCAUUACUAAAUGGCUCCGCAUAAAUGCUAUAUGCCCCCUCUGUAAGUACAGCAUCCUCAGGAAUGAAGAGCAGGUCUGA